GGCGGGUACGUCACGGCGUUGGCGCUUCGCGCUGUUGGAGGAGUCGGUCUGGAUCGUAGCUGUGACCGAUAGGCUAUCAGCCACUCAGAGAGUGAAGGCUGAUUGAUUCUUGUCUCUCUGCUCGGGAAAUACUGUUUAAAACCUCACACGGCAAUCCGAGGGGGAGGCUGGGGUUAAGGUGAAGGUGUUAGUGACAUGGCGUCUUUGGAGCGAGUAAAGGUGUUGGUGUUGGGGGAUUCAGGAGUUGGGAAAUCAUCUCUUGUCCACUUGUUGUGCCACAACCAGGUGUUGGGAAAUCCAUCUUGGACAGUUGGAUGCUCAGUUGAUGUGAGGGUUCAUGACUAUAAAGAAGGCACCCCAGCUGAGAAAACUUACUACAUUGAACUGUGGGAUGUUGGUGGAUCUGUGGGCAAUGCCAGCAGUAUUAAAAGUACUAGAGCUGUAUUUUACAACUCUGUGAAUGGUGUAAUAUUAGUGCAUGACUGUACGAACAAAAAAUCAUCCCAGAAUCUGUAUCGGUGGUCAUUAGAAGCUUUAAAUAAGGACUCCUCUCCAACUGGAGUCAUAGUAACGAAUGGGGACUAUGAUCGUGAACAGUUUGCGGAUAACCAGAUUCCAUUAUUGGUGAUUGGUACUAAGUUGGACCAAAUUCAUGAAACUAAAAGGAAUGAGGUUUUGACAAGGACUGCAUUCUUGGCAGAGGACUUCAAUGCUGAAGAAAUUAACCUGGAUUGUACCAAUCCACGGUAUUUGGCUGCAGGAUCUUCCAAUGCUGUGAAACUGAGCCGAUUUUUUGAUAAAGUAAUAGAAAAGAGGUAUUUUUCACGUGAUGGUAAUCAGAUUCCUGGUUUUGCUGACCGAAAGCGAUUUGGAGCAGCAAGCACAUUGAAGGUUCUUCAUUAUGAUUAAGAAGAAUGGUCAUAUUUUGUGCAGAAUGGUGGCAAAAGGCUUCUGUUCAACUCUCAACAUCACACACUGUACAGUUAAAUAUUUUAGAGAGAGAAUUUCUUUUAAGGAAUGGUUUACUACUUUUGCUUUUCCUAUGAGGAUACUUGAAAGUUAUAUUGUUCAAAAGAUACAUGUUUCAAAUAUCCUCUUCAGUCUAUAAAUUACACUUCAUGAAAUAAUGUAUAUUUAGUAUGGUGAGAACAUUGUAGCAAUCAAAUGAACAGCAAUAUGAAAUGAUAUGCAGUAUAAAGAUUGAAUUCAAAUUAUCCAAUAAGAUUGAGCUGUGGAAGCUUUUAUGCCAUUAUACAAAUCUGAAGAUGAAGACAAAUUUAACUUUUGUCCAGUAAAUGUUCUAAACCCUUUCAUGCCUUAAGUUUCAUUUGCAAAAGUUAAUGUGCGUCUGAAGUAUCUGGCUGAGCUUGAGUAUUUAUCUAGAAUUGUCUAGAGACCUCUUCAGUCAUAAUUCCCAGGGGCUAGUGACACUCAAAAUACAUGUUCCUCAGGUGUUUGUAGGCUGAGAAAGAGGGGUAAACAUUUAUUAGAGAUCUCUAAUAAGCAGCCAAAGCUUUUUAAAGUGGUGGCUUCAACACUGUUUGAAGCGUGCUGUAUGUAAACAUGUGCACAAAUAUAGUUUUAAAUCUUGCCUUGGGCAAUAGACAAUCAUUCAAUCAGCUAACUGCCUUCUUAGAAACAGAGCACAGCAUCAUCUGAAGUAAUUGUUCUUCCUUAGGAGCAGAGUGUCUCCAAAAUUAUGUUUGCGAAUUGCCAGUGUUUUAAAUGGCCUGUAAGUUAGCACCUGUUGCCAUUACUUUGUGAUUUGAAAAUUUCAGAAACAAAGGCAAAGCAUACCUAAUGAAUUUCUUUUACCCUUGAAUUAGUGUAUUUUCAGCUGCUUUACCCAAUUACCAUACUUCCAUUCUUGCUUGAAGGUGUUUGGACUAUGGAGUACACAAUCACCAUUAGAGCUGCGUUAUCAGUAAGGUACUGUUGAAGGGCAACACUGGUCCUUAUUAUUUCUAAAUAUUUCUUCUCCAACACCACAUCUAGUAGCUAUAAAACACUCCGCCUAUCCCUGUGACUAAAAUGGCGGACAGAUAGGUUUGACCAUUGAAUUAUAGAAUGGUCACACCACAGAAGGUGGUCAUUUGGCCUGUCAUGUCCAUGUAGGCUCUGUUUUAUUUUGUUCAUGUUUUAUGUUAGACAAUGGAUAAUUAAAGCUACCAGAUCUCCAAAACAUGUAAUGGUUCCUUGAGUACAGAAGUAACAUUUGGGUAAUAAAAACAGUAAAUGCUGGAAAAACUCAGCAAGUCUGACAGCAUCUGUGGAGAGAGAAACAGAGGCUGGGAUUUUCCAGCCUUAUCGUGGUGGGAGCCGCUGCGGGAGAUUUGGCAGCCCAGCCAAAAGUCCCUUGACUUUCAGUGGGACUGGACGAUCAUGGCGGUGGGUAGGGCCGGAAAAUCCCACCCAGAGUUAAUGUUUCGAGUUCAUAUGUAUGGACCUGAAACGUUAACUCUGUUUCUCUUUCCACAGAUGCUGCCAGACCUGCCAAGUCUUUCCAUCGUUUUGUUUUUUUUUUCCAGACUUCCAACAUCUGCAGUACUUUGUUUUUACUUUAGUAAUAUUUAAGUACCCAUGUUUUGAAGCCUCAUACCAAUAAUUCAACUUGUAUGUUUAAUGGGGAACCUCUGUUUCUCUGUAGUUACAUAAAUUGUAUUGUGCAGUUUUGUUGUUGACUAUGUACACUUGCUAAAGUUUCUCUUGUAAAACCAGGUAUAAAUGUUUAUUGUAAAUGUAUUUAUAAUGCCUCCUAGAAAUUGCUUUGAAUGCACAGGGUGAAGAACUGAGGCAUUCUAUUUCUAAAGCUUGGAUAUGAUUUUGAAUUCAUAAUUUACAAAAAGAAAUUAAAACUGGAUGCUUGUUUUUGUAACAGCUCAUUGUAAGAGAAUUAUUUAUUAAAUAUUAUUUACAUUC